UACUUCUUUCUAAAUGUCACUUCCUGACCCAUGCCCUUCUCACGUCACCAAUGUAAUAUAAACCCCAGAACAAGCAUUUGUGAGCUCUUGUCACUCAAAGCACGGACUGCUCAAGACCCAUUCAACACAGCAAAGAUGAGAAUCGAGGACAUGAGCAUUAAGGAGGGCCAGGAUUUCAAGAUCCGUAUCAAGCCCGACGACGACUGUAGCAGAUUCUCCAUCAAUAUCGGACAUGACUCGGAAAACAUUGCACUACACUUCAACCCGCGCUUUGACGACAGUGUCAUUGUUUGCAACUCCAUGUCAGGAGGCUGCUGGGGUGAUGAGCACCGUGACGGAAACCUGUGCUUCAGCCGUGGCGAGGAGAGCAAGUUCUACAUUAACUUUAACUUCGAGGAGUUCUUUAUCAAGCUUCCUGACGGCUCCAUGAUGAGUUUCCCCAACCGACUGGGUGACGGCAAGUACAAAUACUUUGAGGUCAGAGGAGAUGCAAGGAUCAUCGGAAUGAAGCUCAAGUAGAGAGCACUCAGUGAGGAUUGGUCACUUUGAUGUCUGCCCUGGCUGUUCAAAAAUACUUGGAAUGACCAUUUAAUGUCAAGUUAAUGUCUCAAAAGGGUGCCAGAGAACACCCUUGCUCACUGGGUUUGUGAAUAAAAACAAUAAAAAUGGA